AACAACCACUUCCUUGGAAACUGUCCCGUCCUUGACGACCAGUGGAGGAGGAAACAAGCGGUAUAAUGGCGAAGACAAGCGGCGCAUUGAAAUCCCUGUGGCAGCAGGUUUGUGAUGAGUGUGAAGCGGAGAAGCCCCGUUAUCCCGGUGGGACACACGGCGGCUCAGUGGGCUCCCAGUUCUCCCAGUACAUCGACAGCACAAACUCUACAGUCUCGCAUGGACUCGGCACAGCCAAGGUGCCUAAGGACGGUGACCCUCUGAGAGACUUUGCCACGCUUCUCUCCCACGCUGGUGUUGCUGGUAACUCAGCAGAGGGGACAUCACCGCCACAAUUCCAAAGUCCUGUCACACACUUCAUUGAAAAGGAGGUGUUCCCAGUGUUGUUGCCUGGAUUGGAGGCUCUGUUAAAAGAAGCUCAGAAACACGGCUGUUUCCAGAGGAAAGUGACAGCAUUUAACCCUUGUGACUUCCUAACUGAGUGGCUGUACAACCACAACCCCCGCAGACAAGGACGGCCUCCGGUGAACAUUUGUGACAUCCCCUUUGUCAAGGACUGGCUCAGCAUGCAUCCCAGACGUCCCAUCCCUCUGUUUCUGCUGCUCACUGAGGACCAGGCGGCUCUGCUGAUUCAGGCUUUCUGGAGGGGAUACAAGAUCAGAGCACGGCCAGAUGUACAGGAGCUGCGCCAGUGGCAAAAACAACUGAGAGAGAACCACGACAUUGCCAAAUCGGUCAGGCAGUUCUGGGCCCAACAAGAACACAGAGUGGGCUCAGCUAUGACAGAUCUUCCAGAAAGCCCCCAGCCUGGAAACUCUGAUGUGUCCAUCCGAGUGGUUUCCCCCACCCCCCAGAGCACUGUGGUCCACACCCCCACCACCCGGAUGACCCCUGAGGCUGGUGAGUGGCUGACCCCCAGCCUCUGCAGCGUGACUGCAGUAUCCGCGUCGUUUGUCGGACAACACAAACUGAGCUAGACGCGUGGUACCUUUAACAGAAAACAUUUUCUCUGUGUUCAGGGUUUUGUAUAUGUAAAGGCAAUUAACGGCGAUUAAAGUCUGUUAUUCAACAAGUAAUAAAUCAAUCAAGCUUAGAAAUGGUCAAGAUGCUUGUCUGAUUAGUUGUUUGCUUUUAUUUUCUUUUCUGAUGGAACACUGAGUCUGACCCAACAGAGGAACAGCUUGGUUCAUCUAUGAAACUGUUGUGAAGGGAAACCUCUUGUCACAGACCUGAUAUUUCCUCCCAGCGCCUCUGGCUGAUAGCUCACUGGAAUAUAAGUGUCAUAGUUCCUUGACUUGUUAUUUCCCUUUUCUGUAGCAGUACAGUUUACUGUACAAAAGAGGUUAUAGAAUUUCCAUUGAAGUCAGGAACUGAGGUCAGAGUGAAAGGUGACUCAGCGUACACAGCAGAAUUUUCUCUUCUGUUUAUAAGAAGAGUAAACAACCUUAUCAUGAAAGCAAAAGAUGUCACUGGUGUGUGACUGACAAUCUGAUAGUGGACUGAAAAUAAAUACACAAUACAAUAUCCUCCUUAGAUCCAUUUUACAAGUGAUAAUAACACUGUUAUAUAGAUCCUUUUCAUUAGUUAAAUAUUUGAACAUAUAUGUUAUUGAAAAGCUGAUAAAUGUCAAAGAUGGAAAAACUGUAUUAUAUCAACAAACUUUACUUGUUAUACAAUAAAAAUAACAUUUCCUCUAUUUUAAUAUUUUGUAUAUCAUAUAAAAGUAGUGUGAUACAUUGAGGCACAGUUCAACCGCAGUUAUAAGGAUUUCACACUGAAUGAUGUUCAAUCCUUUUUCUUUUUUAUAUCUUGUGUCUGUAUUCCCAUGUAACAGCACAGUUAGAAUAUUUGAUGUGUUUUGGUCUUUUGCCGAAUAGUUUGACAUUUCACUGGAACCCUGCUGAGUCUGGCAACUUCAGCUGUCUGUCUCUGUGGCAGGGAGCGAUCAAACAGGAUCUUAAAUGUCACACAUCAGCCUUGGAGAGUUCAUUAAAUUUUAUCUGCUAAAAUAUUCUGGAUAAAAAAACUGCAAGCUGCUGAACUGACUGCAGUUCUUUGCUUUCCUUGAUGUCAACUUAAAAGAUUGUGCAGGCGAUAACUGUCUUUUUCCUGCCUGUCAAUUAAAGUGAGUGAACAAAGUGCACUGCUGGCACGUUGCCAUCACUCCUUGAACCUGGCCUACCUGAACGCAUACUUCUGGUUU